AUGGCCUGUCGUGGGACCUCGAAUACUGGAGUUGCAGAAGUGUCAGGCGUCAAGCUUCCUGGUCUCAGCAUGGACACCGCUGUCCGAUAUCAUGAUAUUUGUAUUUCGCACCUUUUGGAACUAUCUAAAGACCCCAACGAGCAGUAUAACGAGGAUAUCAUCACUGCAGCAACUAUUCUACGUUUCUACGAGCAAAUUGACGCGCCAUCAAUUGGUAUCGACUCCGAGGCUUACCUGAAUACUGUUCAGUUCAUUGUCCACAAUCAGCAUAACGACUCAUUCUACUCCUACAAUACCAUCCAAGGUCCAUCCAGAGACCUCCAUCUGCAUUCCAUGCCUUCGGCCUCCCUGCGCCACUCUGCUUUCCUCAUUGCGAUGCGGCAAGAAAUCUGGAGUGGUUUCCUCAACCAACGAACCUUCCGCCUCCCAGUCUGUACCUCAAAUGAUUAUACGGUAUUUGACUCCGCGAAUGACUUUAUCUGGACCAACAGGAUCCUUGUAUGGUGCGCCGACCUCCUCAAAUUCUGUUUCGGUGAAGGAAAGUCAUUAUCACCGGCAAUGAGGGCAAAACGAUGGGCAGAAUUAAAGGCCUUUGACAUAAUGUGGGAAGCCCAUAAGCCGAUUGAUUUCAAGCCUCUGUAUUUCAAAAAGGCAGAUCCUUCCUCUGGAAAAUUCUUUCCUGCUAUCUGGCAUCAAAACCCAUGCCAGGUUGUUGGGGCGCAGCACAUAGAGCUAUCUCGCAUUCUGCUUGCAGUAUCGGAUCCGAAGCUUUCCCGGCUUGGGUUGGCUGCUCGUUCUACAAAUAUGGCGUUGGAAGAGGAGCUUAGAUCUAUCGUCCGCCGACUUGUUGGUUUGGCGUUAUCGAACCCGCAAUGCCCAGUGGUGUUUGUUGAUGCUGCUGUUGGAAUUUCAGUUUGUGGUGAGUAUUUGACGGACCCGGGAGAGCAGGGAGCUGUCCUUGAUUUUCUGGCGGAUUUGGAGUUCCAUCAUGCUUGGCCGACGUCUGCUACGUCUGCCGCUCUCAGAGAAGCAUGGCAAACAAGACUCCAACCAUGA